AUGGACCUUUCGCCUCUUUGGACGACUUUGUACGCCCUGGCGGGCACCCUGGGAUCAUACAUUGCCUUUGUUGCCCUCCUCACGAUACCCGCCUGCCAGAAUCAGGUCAUCUACCUCAACGCUGUCACGCUGACAUGGUUCAAGAAUGUGUCAAUUCCUGAGCAAUGGGGUUUCCUUCACAACCAAGUGACUCCCUUUACCCUAAAAACGCCAGAUGGAGAGACUCUGCAUGCUUGGCACAUCUUGCCGCUGGGUCUGUAUGAGCAACAUGAGCAUGAGCUCGUCAAGGAGCCCGAGGGAAUCGCCCCAGAUAUCACGACCCGUCUGUCAUUCCGACUACUGCGCGACGAUCCUGAGGCUCUGCUUGUGCUCUACUUCCACGGCGCAGCCGGUACUCUCGCGUCGGGUUUCCGCCCACCCUGCUACCGUGCCAUCUCGGCCGCGUCGCCCUCCAAGAUUCACGUUGUUGCCAUCGACUACCGCGGCUUCGGCUCCAGUAGUGGAGCCCCUUCAGAAGCAGGAUUGCUCACUGAUGCCUUGACGCUGGCUUCAUGGGCUGCAGACACGGCAGGCAUCCCGCCCUCGCGGAUCGUCCUCUUCGGCCAGUCACUAGGCACCGCGGUCAGCAUAUCCCUGGCCCAUCACCUCGCCCUGAGGCCGACGGAUCCCGUGUUUUUCAAGGGCAUGGUCCUCGUCGCCCCCUUUGCAGACGUUGAGCUCCUGACAGCCACGUACCGCGUAGCGGGGACGAUCCCGCUCCUCAGUCCGGUCGCGCGCUUCCCGCGGCUGCUGGCGCUGCUGAACAAAUUCAUCAAGGCCAAGUGGCGAAGCAGAGAGAAGCUUGCAGCCCUCGUCAGGACGGCCGAGGAGGAGGGUGGUGGCGGGCCGCCGAGCCGGAGGUAUCACAUCGAUAUAAUGCACGCCGAGGACGACUACGACAUACCCUGGUCGCACAGCGAGCACCUCUACCACGCGGCCGUGGAUGCGGCCAGGGCCGGGGGCGGCGGCGUCUCGUUCGAGGAGCUGGAUAGGGAGAAGGGGGCCACCAGGCGGGCUUUGGGCGCGGGCGGCUGGGUGGCCUCUCACGAGACGGCGAGGGGCGUGGUGAGGGAGCACAUACUCAAGCAUGGGCUGCACGACGUCAUCAUGUCGUUUCCGGUGAUUGGGUUGGCUAUUGCGAGGGCAUUUCGGGGUGCUUGA